AUGAAGUUAGCGUGGGCAACCUCCCUCCUCCUUCUGGGCUCCACUGGCGUCACUUCUUUGUCGAUCCCUCGCCUCGACAUCAGCCUGCGUGAAACUAUUUUCCCGCCCAACCAUGAAUACAUCGAUCUAGAAAAGCGACGCGGCGGAGGUGGUGGUGGUAGUCGCGGUGGCUCGAGUUCCAGCUCCAGUUCCUCCGGUUCCUCCGGUUCCAGCUCCAGCAGUGGCAGCAGCAGUGGUGGCAGCAGUGGUGGUCGAAGUGGUAGCAGUUCCAGCGGCUCCAGUGGCUCCGGCACCGGUGGCUCUAGUCGAGGAAGCACUGGUAGCACCAGUUCCAGUAGCAAUCGAGGUGGCUCUUCCAGCGGUGGCUCGGGCGUCUCUCCGUCGUAUGGCGGUGGAAGGUAUGAUUCAUCCGAUUCUUAUGGCUCGUCUUAUCGCCCCGAUUCCCAUUCACACUAUUCCGGUGGUUCUUCCAGUGGUGGUUCUUCCGGUCACACUUCCUCCCGUGGCGGCUCUCGUGGCUCUAGCUCUGCCUCUCGUCCCUCGAACGCAGGAUACUACUCCGGCGGCGCACGCACUCCCUACUCAGCAGGUCGAGCCUCACCUCUCGGAAUCACCCCAUUCCUCCUCCCCGUAGCAGCAUUGGCCUUCUUCCCAGGAGUCUGGCUAUACGGCGCCUACGCGUAUCCCUAUACACACCCAUACCAUUAUGUCAACAAUACCAGUCACCACAACGACACCAUCCCCGUAGUCUGUCUAUGUGAGGAGCGCCAGGAGUGCGGAUGCGAUGAUAACAACAACAGCACCUACUACGAAUCUCUCUUCAACGGCACCACGCCAAAGAACACCACCAACGUGCGCGUUGUGACUGUGAACGGUACCGAGAAGAUUUAUAUCAACGGUACUCUUGCCAACGGGACUACUGCGGACGAUGGGACUGCGUCGGGGGCUUCGCCCGCGGUCAUGACCCUUAUGCACGCGAGUGGAUACUGGUUGACUUUUGCCGUUGUGGCUGCUACUGUUUCGAUGAUCUAA